GGACAACAAAGAUGGCUGCAGGAACCAGCAAUUAUUGGGAAGCUCUGACACAACACCCCUUUUAAAUGGAUCAAGCCAAGACAGAAUGUUUGAAACAAUGGCAAUUGAGAUUGAACAACUUUUGGCAAGGCUUAUAGGAGUAAAUGAUAAAAUGGCAGAAUAUACCAACAGUGCAGGUGUCCCAUCUUUGAAUGCAGCACUGAUGCAUACAUUACAGAGACAUAGAGAUAUAUUGCAGGAUUAUACACAUGAAUUCCAUAAAACCAAAGCAGACUUCGUGGCAAUACGGGAAAGGGAGAAUCUCAUGGGAUCAGUACGAAAGGAUAUUGAGUCAUAUAAAAGUGGGUCUGGAGUAAACAACAGAAGAACUGAACUAUUUUUGAAAGAACAUGACCACCUUCGAAACUCAGAUCGUCUGAUAGAAGAGACAAUAAGCAUUGCUAUGGCAUCAAAAGAAAAUAAGACUUCCCAGAGAGGAAUGUUGAAGUCGAUUCAGAGCAAAAUGAAUACUUUGGCCAGUCAUUUUCCUGCUGUGAACAGCCUGAUCCAGCAGAUCAAUCUGAGGAAGCGGCGAGACUCCCUCAUCCUGGGCGGUGUCAUUGGCGUCUGUACCAUCCUGUUGCUGCUGUAUGCUUUCCAUUGAUGGAACAUCUCCGGGGACUCUGGACAGCCACCACUUUCCCACCCUGAUCUGGAAUAAGGAAAAGUAGGAAGGAGAAGUUGAUUGUCCUGAUGAUUAGCCUCACCAGCAGGAUUAAUUCACGACUGAUAGCUCUGGACUCUGUCACGUGGUCAGAUUGAGCUGAAGCCACAGUUUUUCUGUGCUCUCUUUUCUAACACACAUUUCCUUCUGUUUUUAGUUUAAAAAAAAAAAAAGUUUUCAGUUGCUUUUGUCCUCCCAGGAGGUAAGUAAACCAAUCAGAAACAGAGUUUCUGUGCUUCAGUAAUUGUGUUGAAGGCUGAUGACAAGCCAGGUCUUAGAG